ACAAUUGGUACUACAUUUUCCACUUGAACUCAUCACUGAUUCAAUUUGGGAUUUUGUGGAUAAUAUACAAAAGAAAUUUACAGAAUAGAAAAAUGAAAAUUUAAGAAAUCUUUGAAUUAAAAUUCGACAGCGGACCGAACAGACUCGAAUAGUAAAGUGCAUUUGUUUUUUUUUUACAAGCAAUACCAUGGAAAAUGUAUUCUCCAAUAAUAGACACUACAAUCAAAUGUCCCUUCACCGAAUGGGCACCGUGAAAAUUGUGAGCUUAUUUUUAAUUAUAGCAGUGCUGAUGUUUGCCUUUACAACAAAUGUCGAAGGAAUUGACUGUUUCAAGUGUGUUUCGAAAAAUGGAACAAACAAGGCGUGUGACGAUCCAUUUCACAAUAACUAUUCCACAUCCAUACUGGAGUCUCCUUGCAUGGGAGGACGCAAGGGCAGGGAUGGCCUGUUUCCAGCAACAGCUUGCAUCAAAAUUGCCGGAUAUUACGAUGACACAGGUGAAACCAUAACUGUGCGUGGUUGUGCCCUGGACAGCGGAACUCUGACCACGGAUACGGAAAUUAUACAGCUGCAGUGAUGCCGAUGCUUGCAACAAUUCUCCAAAACAAAUUCAGCCAUUGGGAAUUUUGAAACUUUUAUUUACAUCUUUGGUGAUACAGCGAACGCUGGGAGCAUGGAGUUAGCAUAUUGCCUAAAAA